AUGCGAGGGGAGUAUAGGCUCGCUGAUGUUGGUGGCUUCUAUCAUUGUGGACGAGAAGUAGUUGACAACCACAACUUACAAGCACUUCCGCAAUGGCUCCUCAGCAGCAAGCAGAUCCUACAAGAGAGCCUUGACCGAAUCCGUAGAAAUUCCACAUGGUACGUCUUCGGCCCUAAGUGUUUGGACAACCCGUUUACGCGCUUGCCGCCGUUGAUGCACUUGCGUAAUGCCCAAGAUCUGGUCGUGUUGCUUGCCGAUAUCUAUAACGACUACAACCCAGCAGGACUACCAUACGGGAUGAGGCGAAUAUGGGGGAUAGACCCUCGCACUACGCAUGCGCUUCACCCCCUGUGGCUCUCGCUACUGGCUGAUGCCAAUCUGCAGAGCUUGUGCAUCGAUACUUUCCUUGGUUACCGCGAGUGGAGCAACGUGUCCAACAUCUGUGUCCUCUAUCGGGCACAGGAGGUGGAACCCGACGAAGACGUCUACUUCGAUGACGGCUGA